AUCUAGUAGGCUACAUUUCCACUCGCCUGGCUCAGUGGUAUCUCUGUAGCAAGGAAACACAUAACAGAAAAAAUAAGUAUAUACAAAAUUGUAUUUUCCCACUACAAUAACUUUUUUAACGCUAUAACUAAUUGUAAAGAUGAUCGAUAGAGAAGUUGCACGAGAAGCUUUGUGCACACUCUGCAAUGCCAAUGUAACUUCUAUUCAAACACAAGCUGUUUUUCCCAGAGCUGCUCGUGUUGGAGAAGCACCACAGCAGUCGCUGCUCAUCAAGAAUUUCAUCACUACAAUCUUGGAUGCAGAUGAAACCUGCCAGGUGUCAAGAUCCAACUUUGUCCACCUCCGAAGCGUCUUGCAAGGUGAUGAUCAGGCAGCAGGCUUUGCCCAAGGGAACCAUGUGGACAUUAGUACAGUAAUAGGAAAGAAUCACAUCAUUGACGAGAAUGAAUUCUUUGACCCACGAUUCGACUAUGAUUUCACCAAGUUGAAAGACAUCGAGACUUAUUACAGAGGUGGAGAGGUGUAUGAACGCCCAUGUGGUUGGCAGCGUUUUGCCCUCAAGGUCCUGGAUAAAUAUGAUGGAAAUACCUGGCUGGGAACUUCAUACCGUAGCACACAGUCAGUGCCUGGGGAGUGGCCUGUGUCAUACCAUGGGACAUCUAAGAUGGGUGCUGACAGCAUCAUCGAAGGAUACUACAAGCCAGGCUCACGUCAGAAAUAUGGCAGGGGGAUUUAUUCUACUCCAUACAUCUCUGAGGCGAUGGAAUACGGCAAAACAUUCACCUCCAACAAGACGGGCAAGGAGUACCAAGUGAUUCUGCAGAAUCGUAUCAACCCCACGUACAGGCAGAAACACAACAAGGACAAGUACUGGCUGGUUCCCAUCCCGGAAGGAACAUCAGCGACAGAAGAGCAGAAGAUGGUAGAAAGGGCCAUCCGUCCUUAUGGCCUUCUGUUGAAAGAGUCUUAAACCCUGAUCAGAUACACUUCUGCACUAUUCAUUGAAGCCUAGUCUACAAUUUGAAAGAAAAAGCAGUGCGGUGCGUUUUUUUUUAUUGUUGCUAGGCAACCACCGAAUCACCUGUCCUUUGCCUAACCCUGAUUUUGCUGUGACGUAAACAGAUCUGUACCUUUUCAUUUAAAUAUAUAUUUAAAUAGACAGGCGGAGGGCAAUCUGCUGUCAGUCGUCAGGCCUAGCAUCACAAACAUUACCACUAACUACAUGGAGUCCAUUGGUCCUGCUGAGUUUUAACGUCAACGCUAUAUUUUGGGUUAGACCAGGGGCGGACGGGCAACAAAAAGCAGCCCAGGAAUUUGCAGUCAAGUGGCCCCAAUUUGAUAAACCAAAUUCGAACUGAAACAACAUGUUUGUCGUUCAGUGAAUCGUUAAUUUAAAAAAACCACAAUCUGUGAAACUAAUGAAAUGAAACAAAUUUUUUCCUACCCAUGUUUGUGAGUAAGUAUUUAACAAAUCAUUUUAAUUGCUGGGCUUGCUAUCAAAUCUUGUAUGCUUUAUAGGCUAUAAUGCGAAAAAGAAUUGAUGAGUAGUCUAGAAGAAAAUGAUCAAAUUUACAUGUUUAUUUAACCCAUUUACAAUCGAACUUGAUGACCAUUUUAAAGAACACUUUAGAGAAAUUUAGCGUUAAUGUUUGUGCACGGAGUCUGACUAGUUAAACCUUGGACCCUGCAGCGGGACCCCCACAUUGAAACCCAGAGGUUAACAAACACAUUUUGUUCUUUAGCUAGUCCACAGAUGCAUGUAACCAUGACAACGCACCUGCUCCCUGCUCAUUCCUCUUUGAUGUUUCUGCCUCUUCGCCAUAGUCCUCAUCAUCACCUGCAGACUGCUUAAAUAAAUCCGUUAUCUUGGCACACUUUGCCAGCAAAGCUUUUUUAUUUUUUUGGCGCACCACCGGCCACAGGUUUCACUUUCUAUCCAUGUUUCAGCAAAGAGCAGAGACGGCCCUGACCAAUUUGGUGCCCUAGGCAAGAUUUUAGCUGCUGCAGGGGUGGGAUUCAAAUAUUUCAGAAGUGCAUCUGAAGAGAGAAGAGGAGAAUAUAUGACCAUUGGGAGUUACAUUACAUUAAUAAAAAAGCUGGUGAUGAUGAAACCCAGCCAAUAAAAGCACCUACGACACAUUAAACAGCUAGAGUAAUUACACCCAGCCCAAAACAUGUAUUCAAUUUGCACUUAUCUCACAUGAUGCAUGCUGUUUGCAAUACAUAAUAAGACUAAUUAAUAAUGAAAAUGCAAAGGCUUACAACCAUUAAUUACAAAAGGGGAUGGAAAAAGGAAAAGCAUUUUAAUUGACUAUUACAAGCAGGGCUGAUGUUGCCUAACUACACUAAGAUGUCAAUAGCCUGGUUUCUUGAGGCAGACAGUGGAUGGUUUGUGCAGCAGACUUAAUUAAGAAAAAGUGUAUUUCUCUAAACAAGACGGUGUAGUCCCUCAUUCGUCCAGGAGUGUUCCAUCGUAGAAAAGGUUUUAGUUGUAGUUAUCUGGACAA